AUGUUGUCUCCGAUCCUGGCUCUCGCUUCCUUGAUUAGCCUGGCAACGUGUGAAGGACCAAUCCACGACUAUCCUGAUGACCGCGAUCUUCACUCGUUUGUGACGCGACCCGAUAUUCGAAGUCCACGCUUCAACGUUUCCGUCUACAAACCAGAGCUCGUAACUCCCGGCUACUGGUUUACAGCCCCAUACGUGGACCUGAAAGAUCGCCUGCCCACUGCCCUGUAUUCCCCCGGCCAAACGGGCCCGCACAUAUACGACGGCCGCGGAGACCUCGUGUGGUGCGGAUCCCACUUAUUUGACGACCGUCCCACCUUCGAUUUCAGAGUUGCCCAUCACAAUGGAUCGCAAUACCUCACAUUCCUCGCGCGCGAAGACUUGCACGAGUUUAUCUCCCCGGGAGGCUCGGGCCAUUUUCUCGACACCUCGUACAACUACCAUGGGCACCCCGUCUACCAACCCAACGGCCGAGGGAUCAUGAAUAUGCAUGAGUUCAGGACGAUCGGCGAUGGAAAGCGUGCCCUGACUGUCACCCACGAAUCCAAGUUCUUCAACAUCAAUGACGGGAGCCCCAUGUACGACAUGCAAAUAUUUGUGGGCAACAACGGCUUUAGCGAACUCGACCUUGCUACGGGCGAAACGGUGUUCUCGUGGUGGGCUUUGGACCACGUUCAUAUCUUUGAGACCGAAUCGGGGCAACCUGUAAACGCCGGUACUCCUGAAAGUCCGUGGGACUUCUUUCAUUUGAAUUCAGUGGACAAAAACGCCGAGGGUGACUACCUGAUCUCCGCUCGUCACACGAGUACCAUUUACAAGAUCUCUGGCAAAGACGGCUCGAUCUUGUGGCGUCUGGGCGGUUCAAUAUCUGACUUCACGCUGGAAGGAUUCAACAUGAGCUCCCAGCACGACGCUCGUUGGGAUACCAGCGACGACACCGCGACGAAGCUCACCUUCUUGAAUAACCAUUCCGGCCGGCGCGUCACCACGGCUACAACGUCUUCUGCGGUGGAGGUCGUCCUGAACAUGACAACGAUGACCGCGAGACUUGCAAGGCAGUGGGAUCGUCCAGAUGGCCAGUUGACAGACUUACGCGGCAACGCACAACGCCUGGAUAACGGCCAUAUGUUCGUGGGCUGGAGCGAGAAUUCGUACAUCACCGAAUUCACAGACGAUGGCCACGUGGUCAUGGACGCGCAGAUGGCCAGUCAUCGAUUCAGCACCUAUCGCACGUACAAGUUCAACUUCACCGCGACUCCCAGCGAACCUAUCGCCGUCAAGGCCUUUGUGUACGGCGUGCGUCCGGAAACAAGCACGACAGUGGUGUAUGUGAGCUGGAACGGCGCAACCGAAGUCGUCCAGUGGAGGUUCUGGGCGUCCGCUUCGGACGGCUUGGAGACUGUUGGUAGUACGGCAAGGACCGGCUUUGAAACCAUGUUCAUGGCGAAUGGUGCUUUCCACGAAAUCAAAGCCGAGGCUUUGGACAUUAAUGGGAACUCCCUGGGCUUCUCGGAUGUUGCAAGUGCUGAGCUGCCCGUGUCGUGGGAGUUGCACGACACUGAACUCCAGGAACUGGGCGGACAGGGUGCAAGCGCGCCUCAACGUUUCCACAGCGGCAUUGCAGGACUCGAAGAGACACAGACCUCAACGCCCGACGUUGAGACAAUCGAGAGUGGUGACGAACGAGAAAUCCCAACCUCCACGGGGUUCGAAUCGACACUGCCAAAACUGAUUCAGCAGGGGCACAGUGUGACUGUUGUCUGCGCAUUUGCGCUCAUGGGCUUCCUGUCCCUGGCUGUCAUCGCCAGCCUGCGAAGACGACUCAAGCGACGGCGAUACCACUCCAGCUCGCGAGGGAAGUACGAACUCCUGCGCGACGAAGUUUGA